ACAUGUUUUAGUUUAUUGAUAAACUGUUUGACGUUUUAUUACAUAUUAAUGUUAAAUAAGGUAUUAAUUAAUAUUUGCAUUAAAUUAAAAAUUUAUUUUUGUAAUAAAGUGGUCACAAAUAGUGGCCAAACAGUGAUGUUUUGUCCGGGACUUCUCAUCCCAACUUAAUUAGCAAUAAAAUAUACAUAAUUUUGUUGUUGUAUAUGAUAUAUAAAAAUGGACCAUGGUGCAAAUCUGUGUAAACCCGAAGCCAACAUUGAUUUCGGCGACUAUUGGCUUGAAAUUCACGAAUCUUUUGUGAGACAAAGUCGUGACCGCAAAGAUGACAUUAAAGUGGUUUUUAUUGGCGCUUCAAUUGUCCAGAACUGGUCAGCCGAAGGCCUACACAUAUGGCGUCAAUAUUAUGCUCCGAAAGGUGCGGUCAACUACGGCAUCGGUGGCGAUACCAUACAGAAUGUCUUGUGGAGAGUUCAGAACAAAUCGUUGGACGGAUUGGAUCCGCGAGUCAUUGUCCUGCAGUGCGGUGCCAACAAUCUGUUGACCUCAUAUGAUAGCGUUUCCGAUGACGAUAUAGCUCGUGGUAUUUGUGCCAUCAUUAACGAGUUGAGUUCACGGCUGCCAAACGCCAACAUAUUAUGUGUGGGAAUAACGCCAAUAAAUGACCGCAAUUUUCUCGGGAGAGCCAAACGUGUUAAUGAAUUGGUGGCCAACAAAGCCAAUGAGCGAAACAUCUUAUUUUUAGACUUAAUACCAAAAAUGUGUGACUCAUCUAACGGUCAACCUAUAGGCCGCUUAUUUACCGACGGUUUACAUUUGACACGACAGGGCUAUGAUGUAUGGCAUGAAGCGAUGCAACCAUUGUUUGAAAGACUAUACUAAAAAUUAUAUGAAUAUAUCAGAUAUAUUAUAGUAUAGUAUAUAAACU